AUGUUCAGCGUACAUCCCAAUCCCCAUGCCAAGCUGAACGCCCUGUACGAGCUGCAGCAACUCAUCGUAGCAUCUUUGGCGAGCGGCAAAAGGUCAAGGCUGGGCUGGAACCGACAAGAGUUUAUGUCUGGCGCCGUCGAUGAUCCCACAGGCUCUAGCCGCGCGAAUCCGCUGGAGGAGGCUAUUGACAACGUGAGAGGAAGACGCUCGCACACCCUUUUGCAGGUACCCGCAACUUUGCCGCCGGCUAUUGGACCCCGUCAAAUGCGUCAGAGUAACAAUGAUACUCGUUCUGGCGCCUCUGGCAGCCCAACAACAACCGACGCCGUCACCAACGUCUUGCGAACGUUGUUCCGGGACGCGUCUAUUCGGCCAAAGACACUUUUCCGUGAUCUGCAGUUCAUUGCGGCAUUCGUCAACCCCACAAUCCUUGACAGCACGGACAAAGGCACAGCGUUUUGGGACACCGGCCUCGCCGCCUUGAAUCUGAAGCAAGAGGUCUGCCGAACAAUGAUUGAAGUGGCGGACGAGGUCCAAGGGGUGUACACGAGUACACGCAAGACGACCAAUGACGCGCCUGCUCCAGACGCUGAACGACUGGAGACAGAAUCGCCCCCUCCUGUUACGACAGCCUACAGCUUGGCACAAGCAGGAAAGAUGUGGACCAUCACCGCCAAAGAGGGUCUACCCACGGCCCAGCGAGAGCUCGCAAUUUUCUACUUGUCGAACCCUGAGCUUGUGGAGCGGACCACCUUGCCCCUCUCGAAGCCGCGCGAGGUGUUCAAACAGGCUGUCAUGGACAAAUAUGCUGGUCCCUCCGGCCGCACAGGUCCGGGCGCGAGACUCUACCCCGGAGACAGGAGUCGCACAUCGGCAGGCGCAUCGGGCCUCGGUGGCUCUGCUGGCUCCCAACAUCCCGGCCAGGAUCCAAGCUCAAAAGAUGGGGAUGUUCGCAGUGAUCCCGCGUUGAUGUGCGUGGCAGUCCAUUUCUUCCAGGCGGCAGAACAAGGCGGUGAUGAGCUCGCCACGUCCUUCCUCCGACAGAAUGAGUUCAACGCCAUGAGCUGA